AUCGAGUUGACUGUUACUACCGGGUGAGGAUCACAGUGAGGUGUUGUUGCUCUCCAGUACAUACAGCUUACUAACCAGACCGCGGCUCGUUGGUGCUGACUGUGCCUUUGCAAAUCGGAAACAUUCGUGUCAUUGUCCAAAUACUUUCGGAUACAAGGCAUCUGACUUGUGGGUUCCUUGUUUCUGGAUCUGGUUCUUUGAAUAUUUCGGAGCAUCAUGGCACGUGGACGAAGUGGACGACGCGGACGACGCGGAGCAAGAAACAGUGCACCGGAGCAACCUCGUCGACGAAGAUACAAUUUCAGAGCGACUCGCAGUCGUCGAUGUCGCUUGAUGGGAGGGGAUGAGGCGGGACGUCGACGAUGCAUGUUCAGUGAUGAGGAGUUCAGGAAAAGGAUUGCAGCCCUUAGAGUUCAAACAGAAGCCAAAACCAUCAAGGUGUCGUCCAUCGAUUUGUGCAAGGACUCGAACAAGGAGAAUCACCACACUGACGAGUACGAGAAGGAUGAGCUGGUCAUCAGAAGGGGACAGGCCUUUGACAUGUCCAUCACUUUCGACCGACCCGUCAACAAAGACUCUGACGUCAUAUUUCUACAAUUCACAACAGGUGCCCGUCCCCAGGAGAGUAAGGGUAGUCUACUCCGGCUCCCCCUCCUCUCUAAAACAAAACCUCUGAGGCGUGCCCGGGCUUGGAAUGUGAACAAAGUCAAUGUCAGUGGAAGCAAGGUGACGGCAACAAUAACGCCCUUCCACCGCGCCAUCGUCGGCCGCUACAGCGUGUACGUUGAAAGCAAGACGGAGAGCGACAAGAAGAUAAAUAGAUAUGAAUUAGAGGACGAGGAUAUCUUCGUUCUCUUCAAUGCUUGGUGUAAAGAUGACACGGUGUAUAUGGCUGACAGCAGUGACAGGGACGAGUAUGUGCUGAGAGACACCGGCCGUAUAUGGGUUGGGUCAGCCAGGAACAACAGGGGCAGGCCAUGGAACUUCGGACAGUUCGAUGACCCCUGCUUGGAUGCCGCGCUGCUGCUGCUGGAGAAUGCGGAACUCGGGGAUACAGCGAGAGGGAGCCCAGUUGCUGUCAUCCGGGCUAUCGCGGCCAUGACGAACAGCAACGACGACAACGGAGUUCUGGAGGGACGGUGGUCAGAGCCCUACGCUAAAGGUACAACUGUGCCUUGGGCGUGGCCCGGAAGUGUUGCCAUCUUGGACCAGUUUUACAGGACCAGAAAGCCGGUGAAAUAUGGCCAGUGUUGGGUGUUCUCUGGAGUGGUAACCACGUUGUUGCGAAGCUUGGGUAUUCCUACACGAUCUGUGACCAACUUCGAGUCUGCCCACGACACCGAUAACAGCAUGACCAUCGACUCCCAUUGGGACGAGGAUUCCGAACCCGUAGAGUGGAUGGACGAUUCCGUAUGGAACUUUCACGUAUGGAAUGAGUCGUACCUGCGACGUCUUGAUCUCCCUGCCGGAUAUGACGGCUGGCAGGCUCACGAUUCCACACCACAGGAACUCAGCGAAGGCGUGAUGCGGUGUGGCCCAGCGUCUCUCAAGGCCAUCAAGGAAGGCCACGUGUACCUCAGCUACGACACUGGCUUCAUCUUCAGCGAGGUGAACGGCGACAAGGUCCACUGGAAGGUGGAUGAGGAUGGCGCUAUGGACGUGAUCCGUAUCAACAGCCACGCCGUCGGGAAGUUCAUCAGCACCAAAGCCAAGAACUCUCCAUUACGGGAGGAUGUCACCCACCUGUACAAGUACAAAGAAGGUUCGGACAAGGAGAGGCAAGUUGUCAAGUUCGUCAACCAGUUCAGUUCUCGGGAAGACGAAAAUAUUUACAGCAAGAACUUGGACUCUGACGUCGAGUUUACCCUCGAUGUACCUGAAACUGGCACCGUGUCAGAAGACUUCGUGGUUACCAUGGUUAUAAGGAACAAAUCCAGCCAGGCGCGAACUAUCCGUGGGCGCAUGUCCGUGCUGACGUCAUACUACACAGGCAAUCCCGCACAACGGCUUAAAACAGAAGAGACGGACGUGAAAAUCCAAGCCAAACAACAGGAGAAGAUCAAGGUGCAGAUCAGCCGCCAGCUGUUCCAGAACAAACUGAACGCUGAGGCUACCUUCCAGGCUUGCUCCAACUACCGAGUGAUGGAGACUAAACAGCUGUGGGCCGACACAGAAUCAUUCUGUCUUCUUAAACCACCACUAAUCAUCUCAGUUCCUGAUAAAAUCCAUCCCAAGGAAAGGUAUGUUGGAAAGGUGACCUUCAAGAAUCCUCUGGACAUCAAAAUCACCGGAGCCUCGAUUCAGGUUGAGGGAGGGUCAGCGGUCAAGGCCCAGCAGAUAGAUCACAAAAAAGCCAUUGGACCAAACGAAACCAUAAACGUCGAGUUUGAGAUCACCCCGCGCCGUCGCGGCCUUCGGGAGGUUGAGGCAUCCUUCUCCUCGGACCAACUGUCUGGUGUUGAUGGAUCAAUGGAGUUCAGAGUUGUGUAACUUGAUUCCCUGGAGGUCAAGGUCACUCAUCAUAGUUCAUCAUGGUUUAGUUUUUCCCGCGCAAAGGCUUAUUUGUUCGUCGGAGCCGUCAUUACAUCAAAAGACACGUGUGCAACAAGUUUUUAAACCAUGGGCAGUACAGUCUGUAUUAUAAUCGCCCGAAUUUCCGGAAUAGCUAGUCCCUGGGACAGAACGAUUUUGCUUCAAAAUGGUAACGUUUUCGGGUAUGCAAAGUUGUUAACAGCUAUUGCAUAUCUUAAUGUAUCUGCUCUGGAAGUCAUCGAACGAUACCGAAAGGCUAGAACGCCUACUGUAACACGUGACAUACAUAUGUCUCAUAAUGAAAAUUAUCACUACCGAUUAGGACCCAAUGUAAAAGUUAAACCCCAACGAUGCCAAAAUUAGGACAAAUUUAAGCACCAUUAUAGAAAUAAGCGUCUUGAAUGGACGACCAAUGUCUGGUACAAAAAUACACGACGUGCACCAUCAGUGAGAUAAGGGAAGUUUUCUAAUAUUACUGGUGAGGCAGUUAGGUGCCUUGUAUGGGAAGAAAGUUAAAAUCGUUCGCAUGCCAUUCGCUUGUAAUACGGAAUCUUAGGAGGGACAUUGACGUUACAUCCGACGAACAAAUAAUUGUAUUUUGACGUAUAGAUAUAUUUUGACUCCAUAUUCCAUGUGUCGUUAGUCCAACUGUAGUCACACAGCAAUAGCAGCUCGCCUCGCUUGGAACCAUGACGCAAGACUGGAGACUAGACUGGCCCCAGUAGAAACAGUAGAACCAGUUUAGGACACUUGCUUCUCAAGCUAAACAUAAGCCGAAUCAAAACGGCCCAGAGAAAUCAGCCUGUGUUACUGUCCACUGACAUAUAUAUGAUUACAUCUCCAUCUUGUCAUCGAGACAUUGAAAUCCGAAAGUUUUGUAUUUUGUUUAUCUGUGUGUUGUUUAUCAUCGUGUUUUGUCGUGUCUUUCCGUUACAAGUAGCUUAUUCAUUCGUGACUUUACGCGUCUUUCCGUUACAAGUAGGUUAUAUAUUCAUGACUUUAUGUGUCUUUCGGUUACAAGUAACUUAUUCAUUCGUGCCUUCACGCGUCUUUAUAUCAAGUUUUGUAUCCAUUCGUGAAUUUACAUGCACGGGGUUUAAUAUCGUACGUCCUGUCCUGGAAAGACGUCUAGCAUUGCCUUUUCCAUCCAUAGCAACUCGCAACCCUCCGUUAGGCCUCGAAGACAUAGCGGAAAGUUGCGAAUGGUGACGAAUGGCUCACUGGAGGACUGCGGUUGCCAUAGCAACGAUUUCAUUUAUCAUGAUUAUGAUUAUGAUCUCAGCACCAUUCGGUUCAUUAGUCAUUCCCCAAGUGUCCUUUACAUUCACUGUGCAGCUAAGGUUAGAACAAUAGUUCAACAUGUCUGGUAGCCUAUAACAUCAAAACACGUUUGUAUUGAGUCCAAUGACACGUUGGUUUGUAAGGUACUCUGUAUAACAGUGUAUUGACACCCAGGUUUAUGCCAUACAUUUUCAUCAUAUUGUGUGUGUUGAAGGCCCUCAUUCCAGGUCAAACCAAGGCGAGAAACUACUCUCGUGGUCCAUACGGCUGGAACGCUCAUUCCGAUAUCAUUUUAUUUGAUGAUAUUUUUUUACAUAUAUUGAAAUAUUUAAAAUGUCUCAGAAUUAUCAAUUGUAUCUUUGAUAAUAUACUUGAACUUUAGUGUCGGCAUAUAUAUCUGUUAAGAAAUUCGGAAAGACGCAUAGGCUGUACCAGUAAAACAUUAAAACAAACGUAAAACACCACAGAUGCUAUUUAAUAAGAGAAGUUUCUGCGUACAUUGAGAAUAAUAAAUACCAUUAUUAUUCUGUUAAACAAUCUGUAGAAAUCAGAAAAACUGAUCGAAAUCCACGUUGCCUUAAUUGUAAAGUGAUGCAAGUUCUAUCAAACAUGGCAGCUAUUCUCGUGAAUGUAAUGUGUCUUUAAAAGACUGCAUGUAUUGAUGUAUGAUUGGUAGAAAUACGUCUUGAGAGCAUGGUGUGUGGAUGAACAGAAACAAUAGGUCUCAGUAGUAUCGUUAACAGAAACAAUAGGUCUCAGUCGUAUCGUUAACAGAAACAAUAGGUCUCAGUCGUAUCGUUAACUGCGCUUGCAGAUAUCUACCAACGUGAGCUUACUCAGCUCGAUCCCAGGUCAUUCACCGUUAAUACUUCCCGGGCGUUUAUACAAGCCAGUAAAGUAUUGACGACGCGUGCCGUAUGGGGCGUUUCUUUAUAGAACUGUAUUUUGUAGUUCUUACUGAUGAAGCUAAUGCUUUCCUCACACUGAAACGCGUUGAAUGCUCUAAUUAAACACACAAAACCACGCGCAGCGUGUGUAAGAUAUGUAUGAAUUGUAUUCCUGCGAACUUUACUGAUCACACAGCUGAGUUUAGAAAAGCAAUUAACAUUUAAAUUGCCUUUCAAGCAAAGGUAAUCUAUUUGUUCAAGUUACAAAACUAUCAAUUGAAAAUACAUAAUCGCUUAUGAUGGUAGUGUGUAAUGAGAGUGCCUUUUCCAGAUCCCAAUGUUUAGUUUUGUGAAUUAGUAUAAUAAUGGUGUUAGACGUAGAUCUGCUCAAUUUACUGCCAUGUUAACGUGCUUGUUUUCAAAGAAUUUAUGUUUACUGUUUCUGGAAUAAAAACGUUGAGAUUUUUAA